GCCGUGCUGUGGCUGGGUGCUGGGACCGUCACCUGCCUCCUAUGGCAAUUGCCCGCUCUUCGUACCCGGGGCCAGAUGCACCCUGAGGAAGUGCCCACGAGGGCCUGGGCGCCCGUGGGACAGGAUGGGGAGGAGUCCUGCCGAAGCAGCCGCUCCCUGAGGGCAGCACCUGGGGCCCAGUGGGGAGCCUGGCUGGGCAGCCCCCAUCCCCCAGGCUCCUCCCUGGACUCAAUCCUGGGUGUCACCACCCCCAGCAGCUUGCACUCACUCUGUCCCCACAGGCUUGUCCUCGUGGAAAGCAUCCCCCAGGACCUGCCAUCUGCAGCCGGCAGCCCGUCUGCCCAGCCACUGGCCCGGGCCUGGCUGCAGCUGCUAGACACCGCCCAGGAGAGCGUCCACAUUGCCUCCUACUACUGGUCCCUCACCGGGCGUGACAUCGGGGUGAACGACUCGUCUUCCCAGCCGGGGGAGGCCAUUCUGCAGAAGCUGCAGCAGCUACUGGAGAGGAACGUUUCCCUGGCUGUGGCCACCAGUAGCCCGACGCUGGCCAGGGAGUCUACUGACCUGCAGGCCCUGGCAGCCCGAGGUGCCCAGGUGCGACGGGUGCCCAUGGGGCAUCUCACCAGGGGUGUUUUGCACUCUAAAUUCUGGGUCGUGGACGGGCGGCACGUGUACGUGGGCAGUGCCAACAUGGACUGGCGGUCCCUGACGCAGGUGAAAGAGCUUGGCGCCGUCAUCUACAACUGCAGCCACCUGGCCCGAGACCUGGAGAAGACCUUCCAGACCUACUGGGUGUUGGGGGCGCCCCGGGCCGUCCUCCCCAAAACCUGGCCUCGGAACUUCUCGUCCCACAUCAACCGCUUCCAGCCCUUCCGGGGCCUCUUUGAUGGGGUGCCCACCACCGCCUACUUCUCCGCUUCGCCGCCCGCGCUCUGUCCCCGAGGCCGCACCCGGGACCUGGACGCACUGCUGGCGGUGAUGGGGGCCGCCCGGGAGUUCAUCUACGCCUCGGUGAUGGAGUAUUUCCCCACCACGCGCUUCACCCGCCCUGCCAGGUACUGGCCGGCGCUGGACAACGCACUGCGCGCGGCAGCCUUCAGCAGGGGUGUGCGCGUGCGCCUGCUGGUCAGCUGCUGGCUCCACACGGACCCGACCACGUUCCCCUUCCUGCGCUCCCUGCAGGCCCUCAGCAACCCCUCGGCCAACGUCUCCGUGGACGUGAAAGUCUUCAUCGUGCCGCUGGGGAAUCACUCCAACAUCCCGUUCAGCAGGGUGGACCACAGCAAAUUCAUGGUCACGGAGAAGGUGGCCUACAUAGGCACGUCCAACUGGUCAGAAGAUUACUUCAGCAGCACCUCGGGCGUGGGCCUGGUGGUCAGCCAGACGGCCCCGAGCACGCAGCCGGGGGUGGCCACGGUGCAGGAGCAGCUGCGGCAACUCUUCGAGCGGGACUGGAGUUCCCGCUACGCUGUGGGCCUGGAUGGACCUGCUCCGGGCCGGGACUGCGUGUGGCGGGGCUGAGGCCCGGCCUUCUUGGCUCCGGGUGGACACCGUG